AUGACCGGUAAGGUCGAGGACCCGGCUAUUAUCGGGAUCGACCUCGGCACCACCAACUUGUGUUUCGGCCUCUGGCAGCACGACCGCGUCGAGAUCAUAGCCAACCACCAGGGCAACCACACCACCCCGUCCUACGCUGCCUUCACCGACUCCGCGCGCCGCAUCGGUGAUGGCGUCAAGAACCAAGUCGCCAUGAACCCCAUCAACUCUGGUAGCAUUGAGAACCGUCUUCGAUUAGAUCUGGUGAUUUUGGCUCCCGUUCUAGCACAGCCAGUAUUGAUUUUUGCCGUAUGCCAGUGCAAAGUUCUUGACUUCUCAAGGGAUCCUUGCGAUGUCGUUUAUCAGUUUGAGUACCUUUGA